ACUCGUCCGUCGUCCUCGCGCACUUCGAGCGAAACAUUGGCAAACGCUGUCCUUCUCCUCCUCUCCGCCGACGUUGAUUUUCCUGUCCGAUCCGCGAUCAGAAUUCACGAAGGGCGAAGGGAGAGAUGAGUCGCGAACUCGACGCGAGUGCGUGCGCGUGGUGAGAGACAGGGGUGGUUUUUUGAGCUCAUUUAAAUUUUUUUUUUCGAAAAUCGUAUUUUGGAAGGAACUCAGAAUGGAGGAGGUAUCCGUGAAGAACGCCAAGGUGUCGGACUCGGGAUACUCCAACACCUGCAGCAACAGCCAGUCGCAGCUCAGCAGCGGCAGCUCGAACUCAAGGAACAGCAAUCGCUCCGAGAGCAGUGGCUACUGCGGUAGGCGUCCUUCGAUCUUUGGAUCCAGCAAUGAGGCGCUACCGCAGCCGAUCAGCAAGAGGAAGGACAAGGAGCACAAGAAGAAGAAGUCGAAAACGAUGGUGCUUAACGCCGUCGAGACGGAAGCCGGCCCGAAGACGGUGAUCGCGCUCCCGGAAGUUACGUCGUAUAACGCUGUCGCGCCGGCGAACACCGUGCUUGACAAGAAACCAGAAGAGAUAACCACCGUAGAAAUGGUGGACGCAACGGACCCCAGCGAGCACAACGGCGACACCGUCGCAGAUCCGGAAGCAGGCCUCGCUUCACGAACGGUCCCCCUGGACGAUUCCACGUCUCAGGCUAAUGAGGGAUUUUGCGCGGUGAUUUCGAUGCACGACGGCCUCGUGCUGUACACAACCCCGUCGAUAUGCACCGCCCUCGGCUAUCUCAAGGACGCCUGGAUUGGCCGGUCUUUCAUCGAUUAUGUGCAUCCAAAGGACAAGACCACCCUCGCCGAUCAGAUCACCAGUGGCAUCGCCUCGCCGCAAGAGGAACGGUCUAAGGGCAUCAAUGGCAGAAGGGCCAGUCUGUUUUGCGGUCUGCGGAGAUUCACCAGGUGCAACAUGCCAAACGGAUAUCGCGCGGACGCCAGGUCGAACCUGUAUCUACCGUUUCACCUGACCCUGUCGUUCCGAGACCUCCGGGAUCGAACGGCCGAGCAACAGCCCAGCAACCGAGCUAUGUUCCUCGUAGUUACCGCUCAACCCGUCCAUUCCGCAUACAAAGCGCCAGAAGAAACAAUAAUAUCUUCGGUAUUCACGACCCGCCACACCGCGACGUGCCACCUAUCCCAUGUCGAUCCCGACGUAGUCCAAUACUUCGGCUAUCUACCACAGGAUAUGGUUGGCCGUUCGCUGUUUGACUUCUACCAUCCCGAGGAUCUACCUUUCAUCAAAGACAUCUAUGAGACUGUAAUCAAGCUCGAAGGCGCCUCCUUCAGGUCGAAGCCGUACAGGUUCGCCGUGCAGAACGGGGGAUGCGUCGUCCUCGAGACCGAGUGGUCGUCCUUUAUCAAUCCCUGGACGAAAAAACUAGAGUUUGUCGUAGGUCAACAUCGGGUGCUCAAGGGACCGGUGGAUCCGGACAUCUUCCGCGUGUCGCGCGACACCGAGUGCGGCUACCUGGCCAGCAUCAGCGAGGAGGUGCUGAAGGAGGCCAAGAUCAUCCAGGGCGAGAUACGGGCGCUUCUCGACGAGAGCAUCCAGACAAUGUCAAAUAUAACCGAGCUCGACGUGUCAAAGCGAUGUAAGGAUCUAGCGUCCUUCAUGGAAAGUCUGCUGCAGGAGACGAGGGCGCCCGGUGUCGGCAAGGACGGACUACUCGCGGCGGACGAACUCAGGAGCUUUUCGGGAUCACGCAAUCCCUUGUUGCAGGAGCACGACAGCGUGAUGCUCGGUGAGAUCUCGCCCCAUCACGAGUACUACGACAGCAAGUCUUCCACGGAGACGCCGCCGAGCUACAACCAGCUCAACUACAACGAAAACAUCGAGCGCUUCUUCAAGAGCAAACCGCCGGUCGCGACCAUGUACGGCAGCGACGAGGAGAACGUUAAUUCCAGCAACGACGAAGGCGCGCGGAAGUGUAUGUCACCAAUAAACGGCAGCGGGGCAAGCGGCAGUGGUAGCGCGGAGAACCUGAGCAGCGGUUCCAACAAUCAGACGAGCUCGGCGAGUCGGGGCAAUGCGUCCAACACCGCCAGCAACAGUAACACCACCGCGACGGAGAGCUUCAAGCCGCCCACGCUAACGGAGUCGUUGCUGAACCGCCACAACGAGGACAUGGAGAAGCUAAUGAUGCAGAAGCACCGGGAGCUGCGCUCCAGCAUCAAGAACAGUGACAAGCUGAAAGACUCGCGCAUCAAGACGGAGAAGGUCAACGGUACAGACCAGAGCGCCCAUUAUGUCAAUCAGGGUCACGGCAUCAAGAGAAGUGGCAGUCAUAGCUGGGAGGGUGACAGUUUCAAGGUUUCCAAGUACGACAAAAUUUCGAGGACGAGCACGGCGGGUCCGGCGAACCUCACGACCACCGUCACCAACCUCGAUCAAUCGACCGUGGUGCAAACGGGGGCGAAUAUUAACCUGUGGCCACCGUUGUCGGUCACCGUGCCCUCCUCCGCACCUACACAAUCUUGUGUUCGAUCUCACAAUAUCAACUCGGAGGCCGUACCGAGAUUCCCAUUACUCCCGUCAAUGAUACCGGUGUACUACAUGCCGGUACCGCAACCCAGCGAGUCCGCGACGACGAGGAUGUCGUCGCAAGAGAAACUGGGUCCACCGCCGUCAACGCAACCGGCGCAACAGAAUCCUUACGUGUUUGCUCCAGUAUCUUACGUCGCGACGGCGAUGGCCGGUGUGAUCUAUCCGGCUGUGAUCGGCGCACCUCCACCGCGUGCUAUGAUGUACCGACCCUUUCUAAUACCCGAACAAGCACCGACGGCAACGACGCGCGAGAACCAGCAACUCAACGACAAGUGCGCCGAUCGCAAACGUCCGGCCAGUCAGGCGACCAGCGUCAAGGCUGAGCCGGGGAGCACAAUGGCCAUGUCCGAGUCUUCGAAAAAGGUUCUAUCACCCGGCGAGCUAUUCUCAUCAUGCGUGAGCAAUGACGGCGGCUGCUCAAGCGUGGUUGAUCUCUUAACACCGGUGAUUAUGAAGGAACAUCGCCGACCGACCGACUAUAACGGGGACGAGUCCAGCUCGUCCAGCUUCUAUAGCAGCUUUCUAUACAAGAGCAGCGACAGCAGCUGCAAUCCGGACCAGAAGAUAUGUGAGGUUUCUUCCGAGGUGGAAAAUCAAGCGCAAUGUCCGAAAAAUGUCCAAGGAGGGUCUCGAUCUUUCGAACACGCCAAGUGUCAUCAAGGAAUACGAAGGGAGGAUCCACCCUGGCUAGAGGGCGUCCAGCUGACGCCGGAGUUGAUCUACGAAUACCAGAUGCAUCCAAAGACAUUGAACGAGGUACUAAAGGCUGACCUAGACGCGAUGAAAAACUUCAAUCAGCCGUUAUUGGUGAACGAUCAACUGGGACAGCUCUAUCUGGAUCUGGAGAUGGAAAGGUUCGGCACCGAGCUCAUCCUCGAGGAGGGGAUCACGUCGAGCGGAAGCGAUAGCGGAAGUAGCAAUGGCAGUUGGACUGAAUCGCAGAGCAAGCAAAGGAGAAGAAUGGUGAAGUAUGGCAAGCUAGUGAUGAUCCACGAAGAGAACGCGCCUCUACCGCCUCCAUUACCGUUUCAGACUAUAUCUUGCCAGCAUUUAUAGAAGUUGCGACCAAUCCAUCGCGACUAAUCUCAAAAGGCACUAUAAAAGUUAAUGUUCGUUUCAUCAUGCUUGCAUUUCUCUCAAAUGCGUCCAAGAUCAAAUCGGAAUUAAUUCUUCGAGCCGAUCGAAUAUUCUUACCGAAAAGAAUUGCAAACGCGAAUUGACUUGUGUGUUGUGUGUGUGUGUGUAUAUAUAAGCAACGAAUGAAAUGCACUCAGUGAGGGAUACGUGAUUUUAAUCGACAUUCGAGAAUGACGCGAUUCCCGGAUCUUACACCUUUUUCGGAAGGAUCGAUUUCAAUUUAGGAAAUAAAAAGACAAUCAAGGAUCAUAAAUGUCAUGAAACAAUUUGACCAAGGGUACAAAGCUCGGAAAAACUUUUCAAGUUGCCUUAGCCAAGCAGCGAGUUCAAGUGUAUUUUUCCAAAUUCCUAACGCGAAGUAGAAUGCAUAAUUAAAUAUCUGUGAGAUUUUCCAUGAGAUAUUUGCAUCUACAUUAUAUUUAUGUACAGCGUGUUUCUCAAAGCCAAUGCUCUUUCCAUCGAUCGCGUGCUGAUUGAUGGAAUCAUAGUGAUCGAAAGAACGUGCAAUGAUUUUUAGAAAUGUCCCGUAGAGUGUAGAUAAUACAUUUAAUUACAAUAUUAAAGCAAGUAGAAAUGAUGACUGGUUUUCUCCACAAUGCGUCGAAGACAGAUUUGUGGUAAAAGAAAAAUUAGUGUAAUGUGAAUCUGACGCAUACACAAUUUUCAAUACCGUCCGUAUACAUGUUUGUGUUAUAAGUAAUUGUGUAUAUGAAUUGACCGAGAGAUUUCCUACAGUCGAUUUUGUACUAAUUGAGCGGACAUUGCGCACGAAUGUUGGAUAGACAAAAAAUACUUUUGAUAGCAUAAUUCUUGCGUAAUGGUCCGUUUUUCUAUCUCUAUUUUCGAUGCCCUUUUUUUCGCGAACGUUUACACAUAAGACUUAUUUGUACGCAAAUAUAUAUAUAUAAUAUAUAUAAAAUAUAUAUUUUAUAUACAUUUAUAUAUUUAAUAUAUGUAUGUAUAUACUUAAGAGAACAAUUUCGUAGGUAUCUGCGAAAUUUAAUUGCGCAAUGAGUGUCAGAUUUAGUUUUAUUUCUAUACAAUUAUAUUCUUUUGUUAAAUGCUUUUUCAACGUGGAAAGAGAGGACCAACACGACUGUAUCGAACGUCUUGAAAGUAUAUACAUGUAUAUCGAUAACGGGGUUUGUCUUGUUGUUUCGCAUCUCAGUGUUAAUUAAAUUAAAUUGCCGGUAUGGUUAAUACUGAAGAAGAGAGGAAAGAACAGCUCGUAAUAAAUCUGUUGGAAGAUAAUUGAUUGCAAUUACACAAAUAUUGCUUACUUUCCAUUAGUAUCAAAUUAGGUGGUUAAAAAUAUAUUUCUCAACCAAGUUCCGUUAUCGAUACAUAUAUAUCUUUGAUGCUUACCAGAGAACCUAAAAAUUGCCGAUAAAUUAUGCAAGAAUGUGCAUUUCAUUCGAAAUACGUACAAUUACAAGCCGUCGCUUGUAACUUUUUAGGGGUAAUAAUUAAACAGAGAGAUAGCUAAUCUACUAGCUACACAUCCGCACGUAAUAUCAAAAUACGUGCAGUAUUACCGCGGUGUCGUGUCGCAAUUUAUAUAUUCUGCGUUUUUAUAUCUCUGAAAGAUAUUUUAGACAAAAAUAUACAUAGAGAUAUAUGAGACUAGCGCGUAAGGAUCCACAUUUAUAUUUAUAAAUUAAACGUCUGUAUUUAGAUUUAGAUCUUGUAAUACGUGUUUCGUUUGUGUGCGUUUUUCACGACACUUUCGUCGAACAGUUUGAAAUUUGUAGAGAGAUUCGUGCAACAGAGCGCCAUAUUCUUCCCUGUUUUAUUCGCGUUCGAUAACGCUCCAUUUAUCGGAAUUUUGUAUAUCUAUAUUUACUUAUUGAAAAUCCUGGCCAAAAAUUUCAAAGAAGAUUAACAGAAAAAAUGUGCUUUGAAUAAAGCAACGUGUCUAAUUUUUAUGUAAUUUUCUUUGGAGUCUAUUAAUUCAUACUUGAGACAGAUUUCAAAUUAUCAUCUAAUUGUAAGUUUUAUUAAGAUCUAAAUUUAUCUUCCCUAAACAAAUUCUGGAUAAAUGAAGCUCAAUAGCGUGGCACGAAAUAAAAGGGUAAUGCGCACGACGACUACUCGAAUUGUACAAAUUUAAACUUGUAUAAGUCACGUGUUAUAAGUCACGUUUAGAAACUAACACGUCCACGUGAAAAUCGGACGGUCUUCGCUACAUCGUAACUAAAGACAGAGUUACAUAAUUACAGCGAUCGACCCAUGUCGCUUAACAAAUUAAUCUAUUUCAGAAAAUUGUGUCCAGUAAAUUUAGAACGCAUAAAUAUUAAUUAUUGUGCGAUAUAUACAUAUGUUAUAUGUAUAUACUAUAUAUACAUAUGUAUAUUCGGGAAAAAUAUUUUGUGUACUAUGCAUUUGCACACGUGUCGCAGUGGCCGGUACCGUUGUCAAUCAGAGACGAUAUUUUAUAUGGAUACCAGUUAUUAAAUAUCAGUUGGUUUCGGUUUUUCCGAAACACACACGAGAUCUAGUCUGGAUUACGACGUAGUUACUUCUUCAUAUAGAAAUUAUUUUUUACAUAAUACACAGCGAUCUAUACUUCGACGAAGGUAACUGAACGUGGGACUAUCGAUGCUAGAUUUUAAUGAUACACAUAACGCAUUUUGUUUUUCUCUUUAUACAUUAUAGAUAUCAAUACAAACGAAUACUACAGUAGGAAAUGGUUCUGGAAAUGGGUACUUGACUAUCAUUAGUGCUUAAAAGUUUUAUGGAAAGGCGCGGUAAAAAUUGUCAGAGUCUUAUUUAACAAGGAGCCGAAUCGCACGUAUCAUGGACGAUCUGUAUAUUUCUCGAAAAAUUCAUCGUACAAUAAUUUAUAAAUAUUCAUAAAUCAUUUCUAAAAUAAAUGAUAUAUCCAUGAGUAAUUAAUAAUACAUUAAUAAAAUGCAUAAGUGUGUAAGAAUAGACCCAGGUGUCUUUUAAAAUUCAGCCUGCGGUAUUCUCGGAUGAAUAAAAAAACUAGGCGAUCCUCUAGCGCUAGCACAAAUUGUGUGAUCUCACAGAGGAGCAAUGGCUUUCGCCGUAACUAGGUAACUAAGCGGAGUCUUUCUUUCUCUGAGAAUAGGGCGGAUACUAAUACUCGCAGUCGUAGAGCUUAUUGUAGCAUGUAAGGUGCGUCUGUGAUUCAUGGAAUUCCGAUUUACGCAAUACAGAUGCAGAAUCCUGUCACCUCCUAACAAGUCGAGUAAAUUCAAAAAAGAUUUGCGACGAGACGCUUACACGUAAUGAUUUUUUGACAACAAUGUAUAGACAUAUGUUUACCGAACAAACAACAAUAAUUUUAAUAGACCAAAUACAUGCUCAUGUGUAUGAAUGUGUUCCAUUUUCUGGCGAAACACAACUAAUAUUAAAUAUUAUGUGUUCAUCGGAAAAACAUGUACAUCUAAUAAAUAUAAAUUUGUUCCGAUUUGUCCACAUCCAGCAUACGGCAACUGAUUUUUUUCAACUAUUACCCUCUUGCUAUCGUACGAUAUCGAACGUUUUACUUGGCGCAGAAUAGAAGAGAAAUGGAAAAGCCCUUCUAGAGAUUCAUGAGGGAGGAAGAAAUAAUAAUCAACACAAAAAUCCUGUUCUUGGUAACUCUCUCAGUAAAGAGUAAAAUUUUUGAGCGAUUUUACUAUUAAUGCAGGAAGGUUCACUCUGUGUAUCUCGAUACACAAGAACAAGAUUGGAAGGUAUAGCCGAUUAGAAGAUUAUCGCUACAGAAAAAGACAUUGUUCGACCAUCUGUGUCAAAGUGAGCUGAACGUUUCGACCGGGAAGUUCAAUUAACGAAAACAGAAAAAAGGUUUCCCCUCCGAGCACGUAUCGUAUAUACAUAAAACGUGCCUUGCGUGUAAAAACAGAACUGGAAGACAAAUCAGCGUCAAAAUUUCGCAAAAACCACACACAUAAUGUGAAGAAAAAUGAGAUAACUGUACUACACUCAACAAUGCUGAACUUGAGAUCGUAACACGUAGUGUUUAAUUCGUGCUGGUGAGACUAACAAUGAUUAGAUAUUUUUUGUCCUCUUUAUCCUCACGAUAUCAUCACUUGCAAUAACACACGAUUGGUUUGCACAAUAUCGAAAACGAGAUGUUCUAUUAAAGAUCGAUAAAGGAGGAAGAAACCAUAUAUAAAGGUUACAGUGUCUCUUACAUUUUACAAUCAGUAUUCUCGCUUUUUCUUGGUGACUCCGUAUGCAAGAGAGUAAAAUGAAGAGUUACGUCUGUGCUAUCUUACUGUUAAUGUGCGUGGCGGCUUGCUCUAGUUUUACGCUUAAGGAUCCAGACUAUAAAGGGGUGUUGUGUAAGUUUGAAGACAAUUUCUAUCAACCGAACUUCUAUAAGCUUAAGCCCUGCUCUGCUCUGAUAUGUAGGGAAGAUGGUACACAUGAACAAUUAUAUUGCAAGGAACCCCCGAUCUGUCACUAUCCUUGGACGCCGUUGACUAUCAUUCGGAGGAUGAACAAGGAUUAUCCUUUUCCAGAAUGCUGUCCAGAACUAGAAUGUGGUGCCGAGGACUAACGAAUAACAGGAAAGGGCAUUGAAAUAUACAUGGUGGUAAUAAUUUCCGUACUGCAGCAGCGGUAUACAUAUAUGGGAACCAGAACUGGUAUCUACGGCUUGCGUAGCGUUUUCUCCUUCUCACCGCAAAAUAAAAAAACAUAAAAAAAACAAAAAUUAGUCAAAAGUCACAGAGCAACUACAAACUAUCUCCGCCCACGUCGUUAACUCUGGACAUUGACAAAGGAAAGUUCUCUGGACUAGUCUAUACGUUAUAUUCAUUCAUAUUAUCAAUAUUGCUCUUAGAUUCGAAAUUUCAUAGAUCUAUGCUCAGAAUUGGAAUCAGUGAUAUCAAAAAUCCCCAAAAUCUAUUCUUGAAAAAACAAAAAUGGUUUUAUUUAACUAUCCGUUCCUUGCCGUGACAAAACCACUUCUGCUACUCCGAACCAAUCUCGAAAUUCUGUAAAAUGUGUUUAUUAUUUACACAAAUAUAUUCUUUGAAAAACUCAUUAUUUUAAUAACAAAAUGACAAUGUAAAGAUUAAUGUCAAUCCUGAUACCAUUUAUAUUAGUCGCUAUAACAUAUUUCGCGAUCUCCUUUCUUUUCCUCAUCGUACGUCGAACGACACGAGUAUCGAUAAGCAAAAAAGCGUGAGUUUUGGAAACUUUCGUUUUGAAAGUGUUAACACGUUUGUUUAUUUCGAGUAUUGCGAUUUUACGUAAUUUUCGACAUCAUUGGUGCAGACACCUACCGAACCGACAAUAAUCAUUUUAAUAGACAUAAUAUACGCUUAUGUGUAUGAACCCGUUCCAUUUUCUGGCGAAACUCAACUGAUAUUAAAUAUUAUAUGCUCAUCGAAAAAA